CUUCAUGCUAGGAUGGCCCUGCAGUCACUGCCUCUGAGGUUUCUUCUGGCCCUUGCAUCUCUACUGUCAGCACAUGGCCAGGAAGAAUUUUUCAACAUCCAGAUAGUGCCCCAGGGAACAGAAGGGUGCAAAAGGCCCCAGUGGGACUCCAGACUUCAACUGGCCCCAGACCAGGUGAAUUAUAAGAAGAAUGAAGAAGUGAUGCUGAGCUGCCCUGAAGGUUUCCAGCCACCCUUCACCCAUCUCAAAUGUUCAAGUGAAGUCCAGUCCUCUGGUGGGAAACCUGUAUACAGAGAGCUCUGGACUGGAAGAAACUCCCGAGGUGCCUGGGUCCGCAUUCGCUCCGGCGUGGAGUGCACUGAAGUGCUCCAGGUUGACCAUGAGACCUUUGAGAUUUCCAGCACCAGCAUCAAACUGAAAUGGACCUGCAGGUUCCCUGAUGCCUGCCAGGGCAUGAGGGCCAUGUGCCGGCUGGCAGCGCCUUCCUCCCCUCUCUGUGAGGCUGAGGAGGUGAAUGCAGAGCAGAUGUUACAUGGCCAGGAGGGAAUAUUCACCUGCUCCCCUUUGCAGCCCUUCACUGAGUACAGUGUCACCAUUGACUUGCCUCCCAACACAACCCUGUUCUCAUGGUUGUUCACGACACAGGAAACAGUGCCGGACAAACCGGAGCAGCUGUGGCUGGAUCCCGACAGGGGCUCUCUCAGGUGGAGCGCACCGCCCUCCUGCAAUGGGGAGAUCAUCGGAUACCAGCUGAGCAUCACAGCCAGGAACGCAGGGGACAGCAGCGUGCUGGAGACCGAGCGGCUGCGCCUCGAGGGCUCCGUCACCGAGCACCGGCUGCCGGGGCACAGCCCUGGCAGCAGCUACGCCGUGAUGCUCCAGGGGCUGACGGCUGCUGGAGCCGGGGCUGCGCUGACGAGGGAGUUUCACAGCAACAGCAGCUCCGACAGCCCGCACCCCCAGGCCAUCAGCUGCCGCGGCGCCCGCGACAUCGCCCCCUCGCAAGGCACGGCCGUGCUCCCCCUGCGCCCCAUCGCCCGCGGCUCUGAGGCCGCCAGGGAGCACCAGCUGAUCGUGGCCGCCACGCACAACGCCUCGCUGAUCGAGAGCAUCUGCUCGGGGCAGGCACGGCUCUCCAAUACCAGCGCGUACCUGGCCGCUCUGCUCAACCUCAGCGCCGCCACGGACUUCGUGCUGGGCGACGGCAGCCGCGGGCAGGGCCUGCACAACGCUGCCCUCAGCCCGGGCCGGGACUACACGGCCCUGCUGCGCCUCGUCCGCCUCGGGCCGCAGGCAGAGAAGUUCACCUGUGUCUGCUACAGCUUCUCUCUUGGGCAGACUGUGGGCCAGUGGCAUUGGAUUGUGAUUGGACUGGUUGUGCUGCUGGCAGUCAUCCUUGUGGUUGCUGUCAUCCUAUGGCUAGUGCACUCCAGGAAAAGGAAGUACUUGCCCAACAAAACUAAGGAGGAUAAUUAA